GUUAAGUCACGUGUUGCGCAAGAAUCGUGCGUUAUAAAUUCAACACCAUCUGCAACCUCCAUCUUUCAAAGUCCAAGUCAAUAGAUAACAUUUUAUUUGUGCAAACGAAAAGGAAAAAGAUGUACAAAACGCAAAACGGAGAUACCUUUGAUUCCAACAACCCCUACUGUAAUUACCGGUCACCCCUUAGCACGAGGUAUGCGAGUAAAGAUAUGCAGUACAAUUUUAGUGAGCAAAAGAAAUUUUCCACGUGGAGGCGAUUAUGGAUAAAUUUAGCCAAAGCUGAGCAGGAAUUGGGGUUGGACAUCACUCAGGACCAAAUUGCAGAAAUGCAGAACAAUGUCAACGACAUUAAUUUUGAGGAGUGUGCGGCUGAAGAAAAAAUUACUCGGCAUGAUGUUAUGGCCCAUGUUCACGUCUUCGCAAAGCAGUGUCCAAAAGCUGCGCCGAUCAUCCACUUGGGCGCUACAUCCUGUUUUGUCGGUGAUAACACUGACUUGAUUGUCAUUAGGGAUGGGCUAAAUUUAUUGUUGCCCAGAGUGGCCGUUGUUAUUGACAAUUUGGCGCACUUCGCUGACCGCUACAAAUCCUUGCCCACUCUGGGCUUCACCCAUCUCCAACCCGCACAACUAACCACCGUAGGCAAGCGUGCCACACUCUGGCUUUUCGACCUACUCAUGGACGAAAAGGCCUUGCGACGAGCCAAAGACGAUCUCAGAUUCCGCGGUGCCAAAGGUACCACCGGAACACAAGCCUCCUUCCUCCAGCUAUUCGAUGGAGAUCGCACCAAGGUCCAAAAACUGGACCAACGCAUUGCUGAACUAUCAGGAUUCACCAAAGUCUAUCCCGUUACUGGACAAACCUACACCCGAAAAGUGGACUUGGAGGUAGUCAGUGCCUUGUCCUCUUUAGGUGCUACAAUGCACAAGAUGUGCAGCGAUUUGAGAUUACUAGCCAACAUGAAAGAGGUCGAGGAACCAUUCGAAAAAACACAAAUCGGUAGUAGCGCCAUGCCGUACAAAAGAAACCCCAUGAGGUCGGAACGUUGCUGCGCGCUAGCGCGCCACCUAUUAGCGUUGUUUUCGAAUGCGGCCAAUACACACUCAGUCCAAUGGUUCGAACGGACAUUGGACGAUUCGGCCAAUAAGAGACUGACUUUGUCGGAGGCAUUUUUGACUGCUGACGCUGCUUUGAUGGUACUUGAGAACGUUACACAGGGUCUGGUGGUUUAUCCAAAGGUUAUCGAACGUCGAAUUGGACAGGAGUUGCCUUUCAUGUCUGCUGAGAACAUUAUCAUGGCGAUGGUUAAAAAGGGAGGGGAUAGGCAGAUCUGUCAUGAAAGGAUCAGAGUACUAUCACACGAAGCCGGAGCUCAGGUAAAGGAGCACGGAAAGGAUAACGAUUUCUUGGAAAGAGUGAGAGCUGAUGCAUAUUUUGCACCCAUCGUGGGCGAAUUAAAUGAGCUUCUAAAUCCAUCGACGUAUAUAGGAUGUGCCCCAGAACAAGUUACCGAGUUCUUAAAUGAUGAGGUGAAACCAGUUCUCGAAAAAUAUAAGGAGUACUUGAAAAAACCCAGUUCUGUUACAUUGAACAUAUAAAAUUUAUCACUUGUUACAGAAUAAAACGCUUUUAUUUUA